AAACUGACAGCCGGUUGGAAGCGCAGAGAAGGCGGAAGAAGUAGCCCAAAACGGCGUGUUCGGUGACAGAUCCCAGCGUAGACCCAGCCCAGAAAGAGACCUCCGCCCCGCGCCGCGAACCACGCCGCUCUCUGGGGGAGCGGCCGCUCCGGGAGGCAACCUGAGGAAAACGCGCGGGGUUCCCGGCAGAAAACGGCGCGGGCGAGAGCUCGCUGAGGGCAAGGGCUGCCCGGAGAGGGGCUAGCGCGCGGGCUGAGCCGGGGACUGGGGGGAACCGGGGAGGGUCCCGGGGGGAAGCCGAGGGGGUUCUGAAUCCCGGGAAGCAGACGCGAUCCGUGAGAGGGGCUUGAUGCUGGCCAGGGAGAAGGCGGAGGCGAUUCCUGACGGGAGAACCCCGUGAGCCCGCAGAGAGGGCGAGCUGUGCGUGGGGGGUUCCCUGCGGACCCCACUCCCUUGCUGCCGUGCCCUGGCCCUUUACUCCGCUCCCGGGAAAUCAGCAAAGGACUCUCCUCCCGCCCACCUUCAGGACUCGCGACUUGAUUUUUCCUCAGUCCGGGGCAGUCGCUGUGGGUAGGGAGGGCUGCGCUCUCGAGGCGCACACCUGCUCCUGCUCGGGCCGCCAUGACCACCGGCAGCUGCAGCUUCGAGGACCGCUGCGUGUCGGUGCUGUGCUGCAGGUUCUGCCAGCAGGUGCUCAGCUCCCGGGGAAUGAAGGCCGUGCUGCUGGCCGACACCGAGAUCGACCUUUUCUCCACGGACAUCCCACCUACCAAUGCAGUAGACUUCAUUGGAAGAAGCUAUUUCACCGAAAUCUGCAAAUGUAAACUGAAGGACAUCGCAUGUUUAAAAUGUGGAAACAUUGUAGGCUAUCAUGUGAUUGUUCCAUGUAGUUCCUGCCUCCUUUCCUGCAACAACGGACACUUCUGGAUGUUUCACAGCCAAGCCGUCUAUGAUAUUAACAGACUGGACUCCACAGGUGUAAACGCCCUGCUUUGGGGAAACUUGCCAGAGAUAGAAGAGAGUACCGAUGAAGAUGUGUUAGAUAUCUCAGCUGAGGAGUGUAUUAGAUGAAUGGAAUUAGGAUAUGUGAUAUUCUCAUACUAACUGUUUACUAUUUAAAAUAUAUUAAUGAGUCAACCUUAAAAUUAUUAUUAAGGAUUUGCCAGUGAUUUCUUGGAAAACAAAAAUGUAUUUAUUUGCUAUCCCAAAUUAGUUACCUCAGUUGAAUUUCUGCCAAUAGGAUUUUUUUUUCUUCUACGUGUGCUUCUUCCUCGCCCUCUGCGUCCUGAAGGUAUAUUAAAUUCAGAUAGGAGGAGAUUCUGUACAGUCACAGCUGCUUCCCCAUCUGGAGGAGCUUUUCUUACAGCUUGACUCCAGGUACCAUCACAUUGCUGAAUAAAGGGUAUUAGCGCCCACCUGGGUAUCAACCACGCGUGUAUGGAGCUCAUCUGAGCAUCACCAGGCCAUUGGAAGCAUGUGGCACGGUGGCAUAAUGUGAGCUUGGGACGCUCACGUUCCAUCUCCAGUGUCUGGACUGAAUCCCAGCUCCUCCUCUUCCAAUCCAGCUUUCUGCUAAUGUGCACACCAGGAAUCAUCAGACGAUGGCUCAAGUAUCUGGGUUCCUGCAGCCCAUGUGGGAAAAACGGACUGGGUUCCAGGCUCCUGGCUUCUGUCUGGCCCAGCUCGGCCCUGGCUAUUGUCGACAUGUGAGGAAUGAACCAGCGAUUGGAAGAUCACUCUCCAUCUCCCUGUCUGUCUCUCUGCUUCUCAGAUAAAAACUGAAAAUAAGUAAACUAAAAAUUAAAAAAAAAAAAAAAUAGGCAGCUAGGUUUCUAUGGGUACUGGUGACCAAAUGUUAUAUUGGGGAUAACUGCUUUAA